AUGUCAAAUGAACGGACCCCUCUCAUCAAUUCAGGGGUGUGCGGUCUGUCCAUGGCAGUGGCGACGUGCGGCACUGUCAUGGACACGCCUCCCGAUUCUCCACCGGGGACGAGAGUAAAAAGUAAAGAGCCCCGAAAACUCAACACAUUUUUUGGCGUGAUGGUGCCGACUAUCCUCUCCAUGUUCAGCAUUGUGUUGUUCGUGAGAACAGGUUUCGUCGUUGGUCACGCGGGACUCCUUCAGGGUCUUGUCAUGGUGUUUGUAGCCUAUAUCAUUAUAGCGCUUACCAUUUUGUCCAUCUGUGCAAUUUCCACCAACGGGGCAAUACAGGGAGGUGGCGCUUACUACAUGAUCAGUCGAUCUCUGGGCCCGGAGUUCGGAGGAAGUAUUGGGUUGAUGUUCUUCCUGGCCAAAGUGUUUGCAUGUGGAGAAUAUGUUCUUGGUCUGGUGGAAGCUAUUCUUGAUGUGUUUGGCAGGGAUGAAGAAACAUCCAUAUCCGAGGGCAUCCACGUCCUCCCUCAGGGUUACUGGUACACCGUGCUCUACGCUUCUGUAGUCCUCCUGCUGUGUCUCGUGGUGUGUCUGGUGGGCGCUCACAUCUACUCACGCAUGGGCUUCGGCAUCCUGCUGCUGGUCACCGUGUCGCUGCUGUCCGUCUUCAUCAGCUCUUUGGCGGUGAAACCUCAGAAUUUUGUCAUCGCUCACGCGGGUCCCGGCAAUCAGACUCUGCGUUACAACGCCAGCUACACAAGUUUUAACUUGACCACACUAAAGAACAACCUUGGCUCUGGUUACUCGUUGGACUACAGCACCAACACAGUCAUGUCGUUUGCCACCGUGUUUGCUGUUAUGUUCACCAGCUGCACAGGAAUCAUGGCUGGAGCCAACAUGUCAGGGGACCUGGAAACUCCGAGUGUGUCCAUCCCCAAAGGAACCAUUGUCGCUGUCAUUUACACCUUCACUGUCUACCUCCUAUUAUUCUUCUUGGUCAGUGCCACUUGUGACAGAACAUUGUUGAUUGAGGAUUACGGAUUCCUUCAACGAAUAAAUAUUUGGCCACCGUUUGUGACUAUUGGAAUUUACUGCAGUGCUCUGUUUGCUGCAAUGUGUGCCAUGAUAGGAGCAUCUCGUAUACUGCACGCUCUCGCUGUGGAUCAGCUCUUUGGGUUGCCGUUGGCACCUGCCACGAUCACCACAAGCUCGGGGAACCCGUGGAUGGCAGUGGUUUAUACCUGGGGUCUGGCACAGUGUGUAGUAUUUGCAGGGCAGCUCAAUGCCGUUGCCAGCUUGGUGACCGUUUUCUACUUGCUCGCCUAUGCUGCUGUUGACUUGGCUUGUUUGGCUCUUGAGUGGGCGUCCGCGCCCAAUUUUAGGCCGACCUUUCAGUAUUUCUCCUGGCACACGUGCCUGUUAGGAAUCCUGAGCUGUUUAGUCAUGAUGUUCGUCAUUAACCCCGUGUACUCAUCGGGGAGCAUCGUCCUCCUGUUGCUAUUGCUGCUUUUCCUCCACUACCGCUCGCCCACCAGCAGCUGGGGCUACGUCAGCCAGGCGCUUAUCUUCCAUCAGGUGCGCAAAUAUCUCCUAAUGCUGGAUGUAAGGAAGGACCAUGUAAAGUUCUGGAGGCCACAGGUUCUCUUGAUGGUCGCCAAUCCACGCUCUUCCUGCCAGCUCAUCCUGUUUGUCAACCAGCUGAAAAAGGGAGGCCUGUAUGUGCUUGGCCACGUACAGCUCGGAGAUCUGGAUUCCCUGCCGUCAGACCCUGUGCAGCAGCAAUACAACUUCUGGCUGAGCUUAGUUGACAAGCUCGGGGUGAAGGCCUUUGUAGACCUGACGCUCUCUCCAUCUGUUAGGCAAGGAACGCAACAUCUUCUACGUAUCACAGGCCUUGGUGGCAUGAAGCCCAACACCCUGAUCUUGGGUUUCUAUGACAACUCCACCCCCGAGGACUUCUUCCUCCAAGAUACUGCCUUUUGUGGCACAUCGGCAGGACAAGGCACAGAAGGCGAGUAUAAUUUUGGGGUUGACCUGCCUUCCUUACAGGCCCAUUUCCCUCCCGUCCGACACGUGGAGAGCCCACGCUGGCUCACGCCCGAAGAGUACGUGGGGAUCAUCUCCGACGCCAUCAAAAUGAACAAAAACGUGUGCUUGGGCCGAUAUUUCUUCCAUUUGGAGGGAGAGGGGAAGCAGAGCAAGGUGGACGGCUCGGAGCGAACCAUCGACGUGUGGCCUCUCAACCUGCUGCAGCCUGGCUGUCGAGAUUAUCAGGAUGUGUGCAGCUUGUUCUUGCUGCAGAUGGCCUGUGUGCUCAACAUGUCCAGUAAGUGGAGGCACGCCAGGAUGAGGAUCUUCCUAAACGUGGAGUCGGAGUCCAGCGACCAGGGCUGGGUGGUAAACGAAGAGACUUUUCGAGAGCUGCUGAAGAAGCUUCGAAUCCGAGCCUCUAUCAAGAUCGUUCCGUGGGACUCUGUGGUACAACACUACACUCAGACCGGUGGCGAGGAGCAGAGCCACACCCUCAAUGAUCAAUUCCUUUUUGCGGUGAACUCCAUGUUGAUGGAACACAGUUCUCAGGCCGCUGUUCGCUUCCUGUAUUUACCACGACCCCCGGCUCAUCCCAGCUCUUCCCAGAUGUACUUGGGUCAACUGGAAGCUGUCACCAACGGUCUGGGACCAACGCUUCUCAUUCACGGCGUCACCCCGGUAACAUACACAGAUCUUUGA